AUGGCUCCAUCACGAUUGUUGCCUGAGCUGGAAUUGAUUCGAGAACCAGCGACAUCAAGCCGUGAUUUCCGCCGAAAGGAGCUCAAUGCUGACUUGUGUGUUUGCGGAGGCGGCCUUUCUGGUGUGUGCACCGCUGUCACGGCGGCCAGACAAGGACUUCGAGUGGUUCUACUUCAAGAUAGACCGGUGUUGGGAGGAAAUGCCUCGUCUGAAGUACGGCUAUGGAUCUUGGGGGCGACAUCGCACAUGUUUAACAACAAUCGAUAUGCUCGAGAGGGUGGUCUCGUUGACGAGAUCCUUACCGAGAACAUGUAUCGGAACCCGGAGGGUAACCCUGUUAUUCUCGACAGUCUGCUCCUGGACAAGGUUAUUUCAGAGCCCAACAUCGAAUUGUUGCUCAAUACCACAUUGAUAGGCUGUCAAAAGGAUGGAGACAGAAUUGAGCGUGUUCGGGCUUUCUCUUCGCAGACGUCCCUGGAAUUCGAAGUCAAGGCCUCUCUGUUUGCAGAUUGUACUGGAGAUGGCGCUCUUUCGUUUCUGGCCGGAGCCCCCUUCAGAAUUGGCGCAGAACUCAAAGAGGAAUUUGGGGAGUUGUUUGCCCCUUCUUCCGAGUAUGGCCAUUUGCUUGGUCACUCGAUUUAUUUCUACUCGAAGGAUACUGGCCGACCCGUCAAAUAUGUGGCUCCUUCAUAUGCUCUUGCCGAUAUCGAGAGCGAAAUCCCGAGGUACAAGACCUUCACUGUCAAAGAGAUGGGUUGCCAGUUAUGGUGGAUUGAGUAUGGAGGACGGCUUGACACGAUCCACGACACGGAAAAGAUCAAGUGGGAGCUGUGGCGAGUUGUAUAUGGAGUUUGGAACUACUUCAAGAACUCUGGGAAAUUUCCACAAGCCGAGAACCUUACGCUGGAGUGGGUGGGAAUGAUUCCAGGCAAAAGAGAGUCGCGAAGGUUCAUGGGUCCGUACACCAUCAAGCAACAGGACAUCAUUGAACAACGCUAUCAUCCAGACGCGGUUUCUUAUGGAGGAUGGUCCAUUGACCUGCACCCGGCGGAUGGGGUCUUUUCUGAAAUCGACGGUUGCACUCAGUGGCAUUCAAAGGGCGUCUACCAAAUCCCCAUGUCAACCAUGAUUUGUUCACAGAUUCCAAACUUGUUGUAUGGUGGCAGGAUCAUUUCAGCAACUCAUGUCGCAUUUGGAUCGACUCGAGUCAUGGCAACUUCGGGGAACAACGGGAACGCCUUGGGGAUGGCAGCUGCUGUUUGCCAGAAACUCGGCGUUGAUCCCAUCGCGCUCUUAAAGAAGGACAAGAUCCAACUACUGCAGCUCGAGUUGAUGCGAUCGGGGCAGUAUAUUCCUGGCUACAAGCUGAAUGACCCGAUCGACUUGGUCAAAGGAGCUUGUCAGGUUACCGCAUCUACGGAGUUCAAGCUGCACAAGCUUCCAGCAAAUGGGCCGCCAAAGGUCCUGACGAGAAGUUUGGCUCAAAUGUUGCCUCUCCCAAAGGGGCCAAGUCCGUCCUUCCAAUUCACAGUCGAAGCCAUCGAAGACACGAAGCUCACGGUGCAGCUGCGUGGAUCCAAGAAACCAUACAAUUACACACCCGAGGUCAUUCUCGGCGAAGAGACAAUCCGCCUUACAAGUGGCAAGAAUGACGUUCGAGUUGACUUCAAGGUUGAGAAUCCGCACGAUCAGUAUGUCUUUCUCUGCUUGAUGGAAAACGAGUCUGUCGCCGUGUCGACUACACUGGACAGGGUAUCUGGAAUAAUGACUGUCGAACACGAAUGCACCCAAAGUCCACCAGAGAGGAUUGGAAUUGACGCUUUCGAACGAUGGACUCCAGUCCGUCGACCGAUGGGCCACAAUAUCGCGCUGACGGUGACACCUCCUGUCGAAGCAUGGGCAGCUGAAAAUGUGCGAAACGGGGUGUCUCGCCCAACCAAGAGAGCGAACUGCUGGGUUCCUGCAGGUAAACAGGGCGAGGGUGAAGCGCAGAUGUUGAGGAUAUAUUGGGAGACGCCGGUCAAUAUUGGUCGACUGGUGGUAAGCUUUGACACGGAUUUCGACCAUGCUAUGGAAUCUGUUCUGCGAGGACAUCCCGAAAGCUGUAUUCCUUUCUGUGUACGAUCCUGGCGUGUGGUCGACCUUGCCCGCCUCGAUGCCAAUGGUCAACCAUCUAUCCUCUAUCAAGAAGACGACAACCAUGUCACACGCCGCGAGAUUACUUUUGUGGAAGACGGGGCCAAUGCUGGGCCUCUGACGAGCGCCAUUGGGGUUGAAAUAUUUGCUCUGAAUGGAGAUGAGAACGUUUAUGGUGGCAUAUUUGAGGUCCGUGCGUAUGAGAAGUAA